AGAGAAGCAACUUAAAACUAAGGAGAAAUUUCCUGACAGUCAGAACAAUUAAUCGGUACAAUGGCUUGCCUUCACCAAUGGAGACUGGACAACAAUUUGCUGGAAUGUAUAGGGUCUCUUGCUUGUGCAGGGGGUUGGACUAGAAGAUCUUUGAGGUUCUGUUAUGCUAUUCUGUUUUUUUGUUUUUUUGCCACUCUCCUUUUGUCCCCCAUCCUACUUGCACUUUGAGUGUAAUUCCCCUGAGGAGAAGCUGGAAGCCAAGUAGGAAUUGGGGCCUCUCCCCAUCUUGCCUUCUCCUCUUAGCAGCCGCCCGCCCCUCCCUCCUCCUGCUUUCACCACCCCUGGAGCCAAAAGGGGCUUUCAUUGCUUUCGGCUUCCCUUGUGAGCUCUGCUCCUUUGGCCCUUCAGGGGUCCCCACUUCCUGCGUUAGCUGCUGUCUGACAGGCUUCCGUGGGGAUUGACACCCGUCUCCUUGUCCCUUUGGUCAAAAGCUCCUUGGGCUUCUUGGGUGGGUUCCUGAGCUGCUUUUUCCUCCUUAGUCAGCAUCUGAGUUUAUGAGGCAUUCUCUUGCACUCCCUUUAAGAGAAAUUUUGUCUGUGGGAUUCUGCCUAGUAUUUCUCUGAAGUUGUUUUCUUCUUAGUGUUUUUCCCACAAGAGCUGGGUCUGCCUUUUUUGUUUGUUUGUUUGUUUUGCUUUUGAUCAACCAAGCGUUGAUCAAUUGGUUGAGUUGGGAAGAGGAUGGACUGGCUUCCCUCUGAGCCUGAGGUCAUGGGCUAAGAGAAUGGCUCUGGCACAGAGUCACCCACCUGGCUAAGGCAAGACUAGAACUCACCCUCUCCUAGCUGCAUCCUUGACUGCUAGCCGGGGUGGACAACCAGAGCAACUUUACGACCUGUGGACUUCAGCUCCCAGAAUUCCUGAGCAAGCAUGGCCAGUUGACGUCCACAAGUCUUAAAAGUUGCCAAGCAUGGAGACUCCUGACCUUGAGGGACAGGAGGAAGACUUGUCAGCAAGACAAUAGUCAGAGAGAGAAGAAAUCUGAGCCUGGGCCAGAAAGCAUCUCAGACAAGAUCCUCCUUGGUUUUCUUGAAGAUAGUGAGAGGGAGGACAGAAGGAGGGGACUUCAGACUUGCAGGAUUCUGUUACUAGGACUUUGGAAUAAAAGUUGUCUUCCUAAGCAUAAGGCUGGCAUGGUCUAAUUUAAUAUCACCGGGCUAAAACAGAAUUGUGGGAACUGAGCACAAAGCUGGAGUCUUCACAUGUUCCAGGAACCAGAAAAUGGAAUGUUAUUCCUAAAACCUUUACUCAUUUGGAGGCAAUGUAUUGUGUGAACCCAGCAAUUCUGAAUUGUUUAUUCUUGUAAGCUGCUCAGAGUCACCAAGGCUGAGUUGGGUAGCCAUAUAUAUUAUCUUAAAUAAAUAAAUUCUAUCUCAAGAUUCGGAGGGGGGCAAGGACCCCUCUCUGAGACAGCCGUUCUCCAUCUCUUCCAGGGAGGAUCCAUGGAGGGUGGCAAAGAUGGUGAAAUCCUACCUCCAGCAGCACAACAUCCCUCAACGGGAGGUGGUGGACACAACGGGCUUGAACCAGUCCCACCUCUCCCAGCAUCUCAACAAGGGCACCCCCAUGAAGACUCAGAAGAGAGCCGCCCUGUACACCUGGUACGUUCGCAAGCAGCGAGAGGUGGCCCAGCAAUUUACCCACGCCGGCCAGGGCCUCAUGGUGGAGGACCCGAUGGGGGAGGAACUCCCGGUCAAGAAGGGCCGGAGGAACCGGUUCAAGUGGGGCCCAGCCUCUCAGCAGAUCCUCUUCCAAGCCUACGAGAGGCAGAAGAACCCGAGCAAGGAAGAGAGGGAGGCUCUGGUGGAGGAAUGCAACAGGGCAGAGUGCCUUCAGCGUGGAGUCUCUCCAUCCCAAGCCCAGGGGCUGGGCUCCAACCUGGUGACCGAGGUGAGGGUUUACAACUGGUUUGCCAACCGCCGUAAAGAGGAAGCCUUCAGGCACAAGCUUGCCAUGGACAACUACAAUGGCUCCCAGCCCAGCUCCGUGCCCACCUUGGCCUCUCAUGGAUCCUCCUCUCUCCAACCGGCAACUCCUCUCUCCCCAGGCAAAGUCCAUGAGCCUUCCCCUCUCCAUCAGCAGCAGCAGCAGCAGCCACAAGGCCUCUCCUUCUCGGACCCGGGCAUGAGGUAUGGCCAGCCACCGGUCAGUGAGACCUCCAACAACAGCCAGCACAAUUCCAUCACAACCACCCAGACCAUCCUGCACCAAGUUUCCUCCCCCAGUCUCUGCUCCACCAGCUCAGGACCAGACACCAAGCUGAUCUCUGCUCCAGGGGGCUCGCUCCCCCCCGUCAGCACCCUGACAGCGCUGCACAGCCUGGAGCCCAACCCACACGCCCUGAGUCAUCAAACACAGAACCUUAUCAUGGCGUCCCUCCCGGGGGUCAUGACCAUUGGCCCUGGAGACACACCUUCGCUUGCACCAACCUUCACCAACACGGGGGCCUCCACCUUAGUCAUUGGUCUGGCUUCCACCCAAGGGCAGAGCGUCCCUAUGAUCAACAACAUGGGCAGCAGCCUCACCACCCUCCAACCGGUCCAGUUCUCCCAGCAGUUGCACCCGUCCUACCAGCAGCCCAUCAUGCAGCAGGUCCAGGGCCACCUCAACCAGAGCCCCUUCAUGGCCACCAUGGCCCAGAUCCAGGCUCCUCACGCUCUCUACAGCCACAAGCCAGAGGUGACCCAAUAUGCACAUACCAGCCUUCUACCCCAGACCAUGGUCAUCACAGACACAGCGAACCUCAGUACUUUGGCCAGCCUGACACCAACCAAACAGAUCUUCACGUCAGAUGCAGAGACUCCCACGGAAUCUGGGAUCCCAACUCCCACCAGCCAACCUUCGGUCCACCUGCAGGGACAGGAAGGCUCCAUCCAGUCGCACCUUCAGUCCGGACCCUGCUUGACUUCCAGCCCUGCUGUCUCGUCCGGCAGUUUGGUCCUUUACCAGAGCUCCGACUCUUCCAACGGCCACUUGCUGCCCUCUGCCCACAGCGUGAUAGAGACCUUCAUCUCCACCCACAUGGCUUCUUCCACACAAUAACUGGACAUUUGGGAGCCCUUGCCUGCACCCCGAGGGACUUCUCCUGCACCCCAUCCCUGCUCCUGGGAGGGAAGGCCAGGCUGUGCCCCUGGCUGCCUCCUCUGCCAGGAUUUGUAUGGCUCUUUCCCCCACCCCACCCUCCAUCUCCAACACACACUGCUAUUUCAAAACUCCAAGCAAAACUAUGCACCAAGCAAGCAGGAGCUGAGGUGGAGCUUUUGCACAGCUAAGAAAAGCUAGAGAAAGCAGGCAGGCAGGGUCUGUGGUGGACAAUGUUCUUUGAUGUGGGGCUGGCUGCCGAGGGGUGAGGGAUGGUGGAGUAGAACAACGAGGCUCCUUCUGCUCUUCAGAUGGGCCUCCAGAGCAAGGACAAGGCAGAGUUGGAACAAGGAACAAAACAAGGGAGCACUCUUCCUCUGUAAAGGAUGUAGAAGAGGCACUCACCUGGGGCACUGCAGGAGCCUGGGGAGAACUUGCUCUCCAGCCAGACUCAAGUGGGCUCUGGUUGCAGUGAGGCCCUGGCUGGUUCUCAGCCCACAAGCAGCCCCUCAGGCUUGGCCCCAGGUGGAAACUGCCAGGAGAGCAGUUCUGCUGCCAAAGGUCUGAACCACGCAGGGGAUACUUCCUGGAACCUCUGCAUGCUCCUGCAUUAGUGCAAGGCACCAGGAAUCUGCUCUGGCAGCAAUCAAGUGCGACAGCUGCACCCUACAUCAUAAAAGAGAAUACUGUUUUCAAAGUUAAAUUAAAAGGAACACCCGUAAUAGAGUUAAGAGCCUAAGUAAAAUAUGGACCUUGAGUUGAGAUGCAGAAGGCUAAGAGUCUUGUCUCCCAUUUUAGAGAUAAGCAAACCAAAUAGCUUGUCCUCAAAAUAGUAAAAAUUAUUUGUAAAUAGUAAAAAUAGCAAUAAAUCCCCAAAGAGGGUGAGCAUCAUUUCUAUAAAUUGCUUAGCAACAAAGGGAUUCUGUUGUUGCUACCCCAAGUCAAAGAAUUUGAGACCACCUGCAUUCCAUCAGCUUUUCCCCCCUCUGUAUCUGAUCUGCCUCAACUCUCCCUUCCUGGAUUCGGACAACACCCCCAAGUGCCAGGUUAGUUAUGUACCACAGCCUCUGACUGGACAUAAUUUGAACCAGUUGCAGAAACAGGCAUUUUUUUCCACAAGGGGUUUAUUUUUGAAGCACAGAAUACUAGCUGUGUUUUUUCCACUAGUGGUUGCUCAUUUUAGGAUCAGGCUUUGGAGACACCUGCACUGUGGCCAGAGGCAGAGCUGAAGCUGAAGUGUGUCUGCUAUCACCGGCAACAACUUAGCCAAUUAGACCACUACUCAAAACUUCCCUCACAGUGAACCUCUGGGGAUAUGCUGGCUUACUCUUGGCCUCGCUGGAGAUCAGUGUCUCCACACAGAAUGGGCAAAGCCAAGGUCUUUCUCUUGUUAGGAGAACCACAAAUUGUUCACACGGAAGAAGCAAGAAGAAAAUAGCCAGAGGGGAAAUCACUGGUCAAGUCCAAGUGAAAAGGAAAGUCAGAAAUGAACUAGGCAUAAGUCUAGUCUAUGCAUCACACUGUACUUAUUUCAGGCUCAAAAUAUUAUUCACUGAGUUUUUGAAUCAUGUAAAUCAGUAGCCAAAUUUAUCCAUUUGGAGGUUUCAAGCUCCAGGUGCUGCUCUCAGGCCCCAGAGCACGCUGGAGAUUUCCCUUGCAGAAU